AUGGUUACGGUUGGAAAGGCUAAUACCACAUUUUACUUAUGUUUAUGCCUCUUAACCAUUGCCUCUGUUCGCAAUUGGCCAUUGCAUCAACUUGAUGCUCAAAAUGCAUUCCUCCAUGGUGACUUGGUUGAAGAAGUUUACAUGGUCCCACCUCCAGGCCUACGUCGACAAGGGGAGAAAAUGAAGUUGCUCGUUCUAAGAAAGGCAUUGCUAUCUCCCAAAGAAAAUAUACUCUUGAUCUUCUUGAUGAUGCUGGUUUACUUGGUGCACGUCCAGCAAAAAUUGGAGCUGGGAGUGUUUACUGGUUAUUCACUUCUUUCCACUGCUCUUGCAUUACCCACCGAUGGCAAAAUUACGGCAGUCGACCCAGAUAAAGUAGCCUAUGAGGUUGGAUUGCUAUUCAUUCAAAAGGCUGGGUUUGAGCAUAAGAUUGACUUCGUUCACUCAGAUGCCUUCUCUGCUCUAAAUGACCUCGUUGACAAUGGCAAGGAAGCAGGCAGCUUUGAUUUUGCAUUUGUGGAUGCCGAUAAGAACAACUACAUCAAAUAUCAUGAGCAACUAUUAAAGCUUGUUAAGGUUGGGGGAAUAAUAGCAUACGAUAACACACUGUGGUUUGGCUCGGUUGCGGAACCAGAGGAGAUGGUAGCGGAACCUCUCAGGAAAGGCAGAAAUGAAUUUAUCAAACUGAACGACUUUGUAGCCGCCGAUUCUCGUAUCGAAGUAGCUCUGGUUUCAAUUGGUGAUGGCCUUACCCUCUGCAGGCGCCUUCACUAG